AUGGCUCUCAGCUUCAGAACAAGUCGCCAUGCCUCCAAAUUGGCCCAGGUGUCGCGCCCCCUCUUUUCGGCCCGACGCUAUGCGACCGCGGAGCCGGACCUGAAAACCACAUUGAAAGAAGUCAUCCCAGCCAAGCGAGAGCUGCUCAAGCAGGUUAAGGCUCAAAGUGAGGAAGUUAUUGGAGAAGUCAAGGUGGGUAAUGUGAUCGGUGGUAUGCGUGGCCUCAAGGCCAUGCUGUGGGAGGGCUCCGUUCUCGACGCCGACGAGGGUAUUCGCUUCCACGGAAAGACAAUCAAGGACUGUCAGAAAGAGCUUCCCAAGGGCACAUCGGGCACAGAAAUGCUCCCAGAGGCCAUGUUCUGGCUGCUCCUGACCGGCCAGGUCCCAUCCACCGCACAGGUGCGCGCAUUCUCCAAGGAGCUCGCGGAGAAGUCACAUGUGCCCCCUCACAUUCUGGACUUGAUCAAGUCUUUCCCCAAGACCAUGCACCCCAUGACCCAAUUGUCUAUCGCGGUUGCUGCACUUAACACGGAGUCUAAAUUUGCUCAAGCCUAUGAAAAUGGCUUGAACAAGGCGGACUACUGGGAGCCCACUUUUGACGACAGCAUCUCGCUCCUAGCCAAGAUUCCUCGUGUUGCAGCCCUGGUCUUCCGCCCCAAUGAGAUUGAUCUCGUCGGAAACCAAAAGCUUGAUGUCUCUCAGGAUUGGUCAUACAACUUUGCUGAGUUGCUGGGUAAGGGCGGCUCGGAGCACGAGGACUUCCAUGAUUUGCUCCGUCUGUACCUGGCUCUGCACGGUGACCACGAGGGUGGCAACGUCUCUGCCCACGCAACACACCUGGUCGGAAGCGCUUUGAGUGACCCCUUCCUUAGCUACAGUGCCGGUUUGCUGGGUCUUGCUGGUCCGUUGCACGGACUGGCAGCCCAGGAGGUCCUGCGCUGGAUCCUGGCGAUGCAAGACAAGAUCGGCACUAAAUUCACUGAUGAGGAUGUCCGAAGCUACCUCUGGAACACUCUCAAGUCCGGUCGGGUCGUUCCCGGCUAUGGUCAUGGUGUUCUCCGCAAGCCCGACCCGCGUUUUCAGGCGCUGAUGGACUUUGCUGAUACUCGCCCUGAUGUUCUUGCUAACCCAGUGUUCCAAUUGGUCAAGAAAAACUCUGAGAUUGCGCCCGGCGUUCUGACUGAGCAUGGCAAGACCAAGAACCCCCACCCCAACGUCGAUGCCGCUUCUGGAGUCUUGUUCCACCACUACGGCUUCCAGCAACCCCUGUACUACACCGUGACCUUCGGUGUGAGCCGAGCUCUUGGACCCCUUGUCCAAUUGAUCUGGGACCGUGCCUUGGGUAUGCCCAUUGAGCGCCCCAAGAGCAUCAACCUCUUGGGUCUGUUGAAGAAAUAA